GGGCACAGCAGGAGGCGCCGCGGGUUGCCUCCCUGCCGCAGCCGGGUCGGGUUGUGUUCGCGGGCCAGCGGCCGCGAAGCGUACUGUGCCUCGUGCCGUCGGGUGACGCGCCGUGCCCGCCGCUCCCCGCCCGGCGGCUGCCGGGAGCUGCCGCUUCGGCCCCCGUGGCGUCCGCGCUUCGUUUGCCCGUCUCGUGGGGAGGGGCUGGCGAUGCUUUUCGUCGGCAUGUCCUGAUAGCGGCUGAGGGCAGCUGCGACAGGCACCCCUCCGCCGCCGCGGGGUCGGGGACAGCGGGGCGAGGCGAGUACGGUCUCGAAUGUGUCUCUGGGCACCGCGAGUAGAGGUCGGGCGACAGCGGCGAGGCGAGUCAAGCACUUUGGCAGGCGCGUCAGUAAGAGAGUCUACUUGUGAAGUUAGUUCCUGUGGGGUUACAAAUACAGCUUCACGAGCAGCUUGUCAUGCAACACAGCAGCAACUGAUUUUUGGGCUUACAGACGGAUCAUCUUACAGACGAGCGGAAUCCAUACGAAGAAAAAUACAGAUUAAUUCGUCUUGGAAAUCCAGCAUUUUCCACAAGAUUGUUGCCUGUCAGAGGAGCAGUUGAAUGUUUAUUUGAGAUGGGUUUUCAGGAGGGAGAAACUCACCUGGUUUUCCCUAAGGAAGCUUCGAUUGAGCAGCUACGUAAAAUCAGAGACUUAAUUGCUGGAGAGAGGAGUAGUAGACUGAGUGAGUCAAAUCAAAUCCACAGAUCAGAAUCCUCUGAAACUGUGACCAACACUCAGACAGUUGCUCAUCAAUCUUCAAGACUUGCCGAGUCUGUUCUUGCCCCUACCCAUCAGCAACGAGAAACAUCACUUGUGCAAUCUCAUGGAAUGGCUGCAGAUAUCUUGAAAACACUUCAAACAAAAUUUGAGGAUCUUGUAUUGACAUAUGAGACUCCUUCUAUUCAGCAGAAAGCACUAGCUUCAAUUCCCCUCCAGCAAUUGAAAGAGAGGGCUCAGAAAAAAUUAGAACAAGCUACAAGACUGGACAAAGGUGCACAUGUGAGUGAAGAGGACUUCUUAUUGUUAGAGCUCUUGAACUGGUUUAAGAAUGACUUUUUUCACUGGGUAAAUAGUCUUCCUUGCAGCAGAUGUGGUGGGCAGACAGAACCCAAAAAUGACUACCUGUUGCCUACUGAGGAUGAUCUAAGGUGGAAUGCCAGUCGAGUGGAAAAUCACUACUGCAGCCAAUGUCAAUUCUGUAACAGAUUCCCAAGGUAUAACAACGUGGAAAAACUUCUGGAAACCAGACGUGGGCGCUGUGGCGAGUGGGCCAACUGUUUUACGCUGUGUUGCAGAGCUGUGGGGUUUGAAGCUAGAUAUGUCUGGGACUGUACAGAUCAUGUGUGGACUGAAGUAUAUUCUUCAUCUCAGAAAAGAUGGCUUCAUUGUGAUCCCUGUGAAAAUGUCUGUGAUAAACCUCUUCUCUAUGAAAUUGGGUGGGGAAAGAAACUCUCCUACAUAAUUGCUUUCUCCAAAGAUGAGGUUGUUGAUGUCACCUGGAGAUACAGCUGUAAACAUGAAGAAGUACUCUCUAGAAGGACAGCACUCAACGAAGCUACACUACGUGAAACAAUUAACACGUUAAAUAGAACGAGACAACAAUCCUUGACAGAAAACAGAAGAAGAGAGCUCUUGGAAAGAACAAUUGUGGAGCUUGUUGAAUUUAUUUCUCCUAAAACACCUAAACCUGGAGAAUAUGGUGGAAGGACAUCAGGUUCAAUGGCUUGGCGAGUAGCCAGGGGUGAAAUUGCUCCAGAGAAAAGUAAAGAAGUACUCUUUAUUCCCUCUGAAGAAGAGAAGACAUCUAAAGUCUUCCACCUCAUCUAUAAUAUAGUAGAAGAUUGUUAUACACGGGUUUCCAAUAAUAAUGAAAAAAUAAGUGGCUGGGAAACAGGUGUUUGGAAGGCAGAGUCUAUUUGGAGAAAGGUAGAAACAGAUUGGAAAAUGGUUUAUUUAGCCCGGAAAGAGGGAUCAUCCUCUGCUUCCAUCAGCUGGAAGUUUGAGUGCAAGUCAGUUGGUCUAAAAAUAGAUAACAUAUCAGUUCGGACAAGCAGUCAGACAUUUCAGAGUGGAAGAAUAAAGUGGAGACUUUGCUCUCCAACUGCAGAAAUUGCUCUAGUAGGAGAUAAAAAUCUUUGCUCCUAUUCAGAUUUUUCUGGUGCAACAGAAGUUACAUUGGAAGCAAUUCUGAAUGGAGGAGAUGGUGAAACUGCAUGGCAACACACACAGUUGUUUAGAGAGAGCUUAACAGGAUGUGGAGAAAAUUGUUUAGAGAUAAUUGUAAAACUCAGUGAUCUCUGAGAACCUGGAGAGAUGAUGUUCUUUGGGAUCCUUGAAGACAUCAUACCAUGAAUGCAACAUGAAGAUUUGGUUGGCAGUUCUGUUCAUCCUGCUGGCAGUUUUUCCUGUUCAAACGUUCCGUUUAACCAACUUGAAACUGCACAUGUAUUGAAUAGGUAAACAUCACAACAAGAACCUUUUCAAUAUAAAAACAAACACCAAAAUUAAGGAAUUGCACCAUUAGAUACCCUUUUCCUAAACUUUAUGAUGAAAAGGGAAGAGUUUUUAGGAAGUAAAACGUGAUCAUAAGAGCACAGAGCAAUUGCAAUUGAUUUUAAUUUUGAGUUUUGAGUUUUACUUGCUGUUUUUUUAAUUAUAAUUAUCCUUUGUAAUGGUGAUUUUAAAAUAUUUUAAAGAUUGAGACAAUUUAAAAGAAAAAUAAGAAUUUGUGUUAUAACCAGAAGAGCUGAAAUCAUCUUGAAGUGAUCUUGUUAUGUAUCUAAGUAUUAAACUUUCAUUUAAUUCCUAGAAGAGUCUGGUAGUAUGAUGUUGUACUAGGAAUAAACUAAUUUUGAAAUAAGUCUUAACUAUAUACCUAAAAUUAGCAUGGCCUGUGAUAUGAAAUUGAGAUUUAAACCUGAAUAAGAAUAUCUGAUUUUUUUUCAAUGAUAAAAUAGAUUAUUCAUUAUAAAUCCAUUUUACUUACAUAAAUUCAGAUUUGCUCAUUUUGUAAAAGAUUUAUUAAGCACAUCGGUUGAAAUAACUUUUUUUUGAACUCUUGCCUUGAGUUGCUUUGCAGACUAUUCCCAAAUUUCAUGUAAAAGUAGGUACAUUUUUCUGUACAUUAAUACAGUGUUUAAAUUUUUUAUCAUUUAAUAUAAUAAGAACUGCUACCCAGGAGAUUCAGAUGUAGCAGUGCUAGGAAUAAAGUGUGGAGUGAAUGCUCAGAUUAGAUAGUUUUUGUCACUGGAUUCUACAAGAAACUUUCUAAUACAGGACUAUAAUUCAAAGCUCAAAACUAUAGUUUUAUUUUAAAAUAAGUGAAAAUUAGGAAUCAUCUGAAGAUGAGUUUUGAAAGUUAUUUUGUUCCUUUUUCUGACUCUUCCAAUCAUGUAUUGAUUUAAAAUGAUUGUCAAAAAAAAAUUCCAUUGAAAUAAGUGCUUGACCUUUCAACAAAUCAAAGCAAAUAUAAGUCUAUUUAGAUUUGAUUAGGAAACUGCAUAUGCACAGUAAGUGUAGGCAUCAAAAUUAUGCCACAGACAUCUUAAAAAGUAAUAGAUUAUCUUGUCAGCUCAAAAGUUGACAGUGAUGUAUGGUGGAUUACACACUUCAGAAUAUAAAUUGAAGGUUUGUGGGGAGAUAGUCUUCCUCCCUUAAUACAAAACACAGUGACUGGGAAUUGUAUGGAAGGAUGUGCAUCAACACUUGACUAAUGCAAAGAGAAUUUGCCAGUCUCCCUUCAAAACUCCUCCUUUAUUUAGUUUCAGCUAAAUGCUAAUUUUGAGAUUUUUGAGUGGGAACCCAUGAGGAAAAUAUUUUAGACUAAUCUCUAUACAAUAUUGUAAGAAAAAAGACAAGGAAGAAGACUUAGUGACACCAAUCAACAAAAAUGUUUCUGCUUCUCAGUUUUGGUAGAUGAAAAAGAUACUACUUCAAGACAGAAAUUAUUUCUUGCAUUGUCUUACUUAAACUAGAGGACUAUAAGGAACUGCAUAACAGCUUAACUCCGUUUGUUAAUUUGAACACAGAAGGCAGAAUGAAUUUAAAAGUUGUAAGAUAACAGUUUUCUUACCAUUUUGGUCGGAGUCUCUGGGGCAAGAGUAAUAGCUGUAGAGAACUUAAUAACAUGAUCUACUCAAAAGUAGAGCGAUUGAAGUCCAUUAUUAAAAUGAAUGAAUUAAGAAGAUUGAAAAAUGCCUCACCAAUGUAAUUAAUCAAAAGUAUUUCUUUAUUUGUAACAUCACAUGCAUUAAAUAAAAGUGCUUAUUUUAGAAAAGAAUUAACAAGUAAAAACCUCAGACUGAAUAGAACUAAUACGAAAAAGUUAAAUGGAACUCAUUCAGGUGUCUUUUGAAGUACCUUAUAAACAGUGAACAUUUUUAAUCUCCUCAUGCAUAAACUCCCUCAAAGGCACUGUUUUUUUCUGUUCAUCUCAGUUUCAAUGUAACUUUUAAUACAUUUUUAAUUAGUUCUCAAACCAUAGGCAAUUGCUUAUCAAUAGUUGCUUAAAAAUAACUUGAAGUAUCUUGAAUUUGCAAUACUACAUGGUGGAAGGAUCAGUGCUUCAACGUGCUUUAAAAACACAGGUAUUAAGUUAUGCUGGCAAUGAUAUAAUAUUAGUUGUAUUGUUGGAGAUGUUGGUCAGGGCAUAUGUUGCUGAACAUCAGUGCAUACUCAGAUUCCUAAAAGUUUGAGGAGGGGGAGGUCAAGUGGGGAAAGAAAAAACAGUUGCCCAGAAAUGCAUGGAUUCAUGUCAAUGUAUAGGUAAAACCAGCAAUGUUUUCUGGAAUUCAGUUUAGUCUGCAUUUUAAAGAAUCUUAGAAUAGUUUUGGUUGGAAAAGACCUUUAAUAUCAUCAAGUCCAACCAGUAAUCUAAUACUGCCAAGCCCAUCACUAAACCAUCUGUCUUAGUAUCUCAUCUGCACAACACCUUCACAAGUUCCUAGGUGGUCCUGCUCUGGCAGUUGGGUUGGACUGGGUGAUCUUUUGAGGUUCCUUCCAAACCUUAAGAUUCUGUGAUCUCCAGGGAUGGGGACUCCACCACCUCCCUGGACAGCCUGUGCCAGUGUUUAACAACUCUCAAAAGAAUUACUGGCUGGCUGGUAUGCCGUGGAUACCUCCCAAAUUUGCACUGCGAUGUAACAGUGAAAACCUUUUAGUAAAAUUGUACACUAAAGUGUACAAUUAAUGCUUGCUAACUAAUUUUGGAGGGUGUAAUUUCCAGCAGAACUCUGUGGGACCCUGUGUGUAGAAUUCCUCUUUUCAAACAAAUGUUUGAUCUACUGCAUUGUUGUCUCCCUGCAGCAGCUGUUUGUUUCUUCAUACCCUGUUUUGAUUCUGAAUGCUGCAUGCAGAAUAGCAACCACUAGUGUCAACCCAUGAAAUUGUGGUAGUAAUUUUCUACGCUCCAGGAAGUUUCUGGAAAAGCAUAUAUUUAAAACAUAUGAAGGAAGCCCCUUGUAGGCAAUGUAGAGAGAAAGCACAGGUAUACUCACAUGAAGCAAACUUCAGCGUAAUUUAUAUAUUUUCACUGAGAAGUACGUAAAGAAAAUUCUCAUCUGAUCUUGUGUGAUAAUGGGUUGCCUUUACUCAUCAGUUAUCUGUAGAUUUUUCACUUAUAGUGGCUUAGAUAUGAGAUGUAAUCCCUACUAUGUGCAACACUAGGAAAUGUAGAACACUAAAAGUAUGUUUGUCUCCAUAGCACAGGGGAAUGAAAACAGAUGGUAGGCAGCACAUAUGGCUGCCAGAAACUGGGAACACCCAUUUGCAGAGUUCUCUCAGCUCAAAACAAUGGAAUUCUAAGGGGUACAGAGGUUGUUCCAGGCAGAUAUCAGAGUAUUUUCCCUCCACACCCACACUUCCCAUUUCUCUGCCUUUGGUUGCUUAAGCUAGGAAUGGAAGUAUGCUACCAGGUAAGGAUUUUAAAUACUUUGUUAGUUAUUUGUCAAAACUUAGCGUUUGUUAAGUACAAAUGUUACAGGUUCAAACCGCUCAGUUUGAGAAAAAGACAAGGUUUUACCAGAGUUCUGUAGGCAAGUCAACAACCUAACAAAUGUGUUAAUUCAUUGUAUCAUUACUUCUGUAUCAUUGCUUCAUAUCAUAUGGAGGGUUGAAAAGCAAAUUACAGACAGUACGGACUUUCUUAAACACAGUUGGCAGAAUAUUGACUGAGGUACUAUCUAAACUUUGAAUAUAUUUUGAAAGUUAUUCAGCAUUAUUGGCAGUAGUUCAGCUUACUUUGUGUUAGAAGGUUCUUUUAUAGGCUACUAUCAUUGUCAGCAAUGCUUUAUGUGUUGCCGUUUAUGGCCUUUCUAAACAAUGACUGAUGCUUGCUAAUCAUUGGUCACAUAGUGUUGUCACCGUGAGUUGAAUGAAACAGUAGUGGCACUAGCAGUAUCUGGGAUAAGACUGGGUGUUUUAUGGUAAUUUUCCAUGUUUGACCCAAGCAGAAGGAUGGUAAAGAGUCAAACCCAAAAGUUACUAGUUUCAGGACCAGAAUUUUCAGACCUCCCAUCCUAUAAUAUGGCACUUAAGAAUGGCCAAGUAACAAACCAAAGUCGAAGAGGUUCGAGUAUCUUGUGUUUUAGGUGUACAGAUAAUAUAGAUAAUAUGAAAUGUGUAAGAGUCUAAAUGUGACUGUUCACCUGUCUGAACAAGAAAACAGGGCUUUUUCCUUUGUUUAGAUUUUUAUUCUUAUUCUUGGGUUUUAUUGUUUUAUGGUAAGUUUUAAAAUAAGGCUGUUAGCAUUUAUGGUUAGCCACCUUCAGUUUCUGCAGCUUUAUCUUUUCCUACACAUUUCCAUUUGAUUUGAAAUACAUUUUCAUUUGCUUUUAAUUUAUAUAGAGGAUUUUAACUGUAUGGUAUGUAUGAUAUGGCAAAAAUUAAGUUAGUUCAUUUACUUUUAUUUGGUAAGAGGAGACAAAAGGGAAAAUUUAAAAUACUCAGGGGGAAAAAAAAAUCUAUAGUAAUUAAAACCCAGAAACAAAAAAAAAUGCACCAGGACUUAAUAAAAUUUGAUGGGAAAAGGAAAUGUAAUGGACUACGUAAUCUAGUGCUUGCAAAAAUAACUUCCAUGAUUGGCCCUAUUUUUGAGACAUUUUUCUAUCUGCUCAUUUAUAUUUAGGUCACUGAAAUUUUUCAGUAGAAGAAAAAUGCUCAGAAUAGCAAACAGCUUUUUUGAAAAGCAGGCUGAUAUUUAAAGACCCAUUUUUAAAAAAUCUUUUGUUUUUACUGGUCUAACCUAUAGAAAUAAUUUUAAGAUUAAAAACAAGCUCCUGCUGCUUGAUACAGAUUCAUAUGUUUCCUUGCUCCCAUUAAUAAUGUAUCUUUCAUUUUUGGAGGAAGUGAAGGUAGUGAAUAUAACUAUUACUUUUAAGAGCACACAUUACGUUGUCUGUAAUAUGAGAUUUCAGUGUGGCAUUGAGUACCUACAGAGACUUGAAGGACUGAGUUUUGAGUACUGACUAGCUAUGACCUUCUAUAACAGGUUUUAGAAAUUGAGGGAAAAGAUGCAUUUUAAUUGUAAUCUUACACUGAUGCUCUAUUAAUCGGAUCCUUUUAUUACAUAAUGCUCUGUGUUAUUUCAUAUCCUUGCAACGUCAGUAGUGUAAUGCAUGUCUCCAAUAUUCUUGAAGUCCCAGGGAACAUAUUUUUCUCCCAGAAGAUAAUCAACUAGCAGCUUACCUCUGUCAGGUUCAGGAGGAAAUGAUGGACUUAUUUCAGGCAAGCAUUUUGGAUAACAAUGUACAGACUCCCUUGUGAAACAGUCAUAAGAAAACCAUCUGAUGUCAGAAAACCCACGAGCAGUGUUUGAGCAUACUCUUAGUAAAGUAGGUGUAACAGUUGAUCACAGCUUCUUAAAGCAGGCAGAAACGAGAGCAAAGUACAGAAUGGAAAGAGACCCUCUUCUCUCUGCCUCACUACUGCAAUGAGAGGGAUAGAAGCAAUAUGAUGUAUGUGUGUCCAUACUUGCAUUAUGUCAAAAUUAAAAAUAACGUAGUUCAACUGCAGCUGGUUUUGCUUUUAGCCAAAGCAUCAGGGAAAUAUAUGGUAUAUUAAAAAGUUCACUGAUGGCAAAAAGAUGGAAAACUUUAUUGGCCAAAAGGGAAGUGCCUGUUUGUGAAUUACAUGAAGAAUUUGGAGCUGUUCUGCUGUGAUUUAGUAAGCAGCAUGCCCUAAACUGGUUUUGAUUCACAUUUUCUUUUGUUAGAUUGUUUAGUUAGGAGGUUCUGCCUAAGUAUAUUUACUGAUUUCUAUGAUGUUAGCAAUGAUGGUUUAAAAAAAAAUAUGCACCCCCAAAAUGAAAAUAACAGAAAUAUUAAGGAAAAACCCUCCACAGUGGCAGUAGCAACACAAGCAGGAAGCAGCAAGUCUGAUUUUAACACUCAAGGAUGGAAAAAAGUAAAGUCAGGCUAAUGAUGAGGAAUUAAAAAUGUCAAAUUUGCAUUGUUUAGGGAUUUGUUUAGCAAACUAAGCUAAUGAUUUCAAUUUUUUUGUAAAUGAAGUAUUUUUUGAAAGGAAGCAUUAUCAUGCAGCCGUACAAAGGCAAACGGUGCCUUAAGUAGGUUCUUGCUCAGGAGUCAGGACUUAGCAUGAGCUGCCUUUAUAACUUGUCUCAGCCCCUGACAAUAGUGCUAGAGGUAUCAGUUAUUUCUCUACUUCAAAGUCAGACUUUGAUAAUGAUUAUUUUUUUAAAUAUUAAUUCAUUUGAUUUUUUUUUUGUUAACAAGGAUGAAAACCCAGGGUUCCCAUUCGGUGCAGUGGACGUUGCAGUUGUUCUUGCCUGUGCUCUAUGACUAGCUGUAUUCUGCAACUUCAUAUUAUAGUUUUGUUUCAGAUUUUUAAGUCUGGCCAGUAGUUCAUAUUUGUACACUAGUUUAUUGCAGAAAAAGAAUGAAUGAAUGGCAGAAAGAUACGAAGAAAUAGCUAUUCAUCCAGUCCCAAAUGUAAAUAACACUACAAGAUUUACACGUGUUUCUAGCCCACAAAAAAAACCAGCCCACCAUGAUAGGAAACAGGCAUUCAAGAGAAACAAGCACUUGCCAGGGUACAUUUACCUUUAUUUAACUUUUUUUCAUCUACUUCACGUACAGGACUGAUUACCAGUCACGUGUGAGGAAAUAACACCACGCAAAUACUCAGUGAAAAAUAUACAAAGUCUGUCUGUGAACAGAGCAUGGAGGUGACAUCUAUGCUAGUGAAAGAGUGGCUGAAAGGUUGGGUGUGUGGAAAAAGAGAAAAUGAAAUAAUUCAUUUUUAAAGAACCGGAGAUCUACUGGCAUGUGAUAACAAAUACAGCAGAAAUCAACUAGAACUUAGUGUACUCCAAGAUUUGAACAUUAAGUCCAUAAAUGGAGAAUAUUUUACUGAAAAAGUUGUAUGGAGAAGGCACUUGGGUCAUGUAAUGCUUUUUGUGAGUCAACCAGGAGUCACUAGCAGUACCCAUCAGUGGAUUUGGUAUUUAAUAUGUGUUAGAAGAACAGCACUGUAACAUAGGAUUAGUUAUAUUAUUAAUAAGAUGGACAUAUUCUACAGUGGAGUGGAAUCAUAUGCUUUGGACAUCUUUUGGAAGAUUCCCUCAGUUAACUGUUAUCAGUUACCUCCUGGGGUAACCCUUCCUGUUAAAAGCCCUCCCAGAUCUCCCUCCUUCCAGAGUAGUAGUUUGCAUCCUUUAAAACAGUCUCUGCAGCAGAUAUCAGGGCAACUUUGACACAAGUCACAGGAAAGAUCUGGAGGCUUCACCCCUGUAUUCUGUCUUUCUUGCUUCCUCUGUGUAUCACAGGCUGAUACCCCAAACCCAUACAACCGCCAUGCAUUCCCCAGCUCAUGAUGGCUCCUGUGCCUUCUUUGGUGGAUGGUGGGAGAAAGCAAGCCAUGGUUUGCUGAGCAAGUUGUUUGCAUGAGGUAUUCUAAAUCUGCCACAGCCUUCAUUGUUGAGAGAUUUUGUUCAGGUCCUUGUAUCAUUUUAGUUCCUGCUUUUUGUUGCCCUCACCGUCACACUCAUGGUAUAUUCACAGGACAACUGAGUCCUCAGCCUGUAUCAUUCUGGUAUUGCAUCCGUCAGUAAUAAUCCCUCACUGGUAUCCUCCUAUGUUCCCAGCAUUGUUCAUGUUCCCAGCAGAUCUGCUGGCCAUCAACAGCAGCCUGCUGCAGGCCUGGUAACAUAGGCCUUUCCUUGCACCUUGUUGAGGUUCACUCUCAUCCAGGAGCAUGAGAGGUAAGAGAGGGGCCCACAAAGCAAGGGAACGUGAAGCAGCAGUUUUUCUGAGGGAAGAACAUUAGGAACAUCACUAGAACUUAAUGUUUUUGUACAUUUAUGAAUGUAGUUUAAAAGGGCAAUGAGGCUUCUGACAAGUCAGCAGAUUUUACUUCUUGGGAAAAUUUAUUCCUCACGCCUUACAGAAAUGUUACAGAAAAAACUCAAGAAAUUGCACAAAGAACUGAAUGAUUAUACAUGAAGUUUGCAUGCUAUGCUAUAGAUAGCCAUAUAUGACUGCUGCUAAAUGUUCGAUUUCAUUCUAGAGGAUGAGCCAAACAAACACUGAACUGAGUAUAACAUUUUUACUUCAUGUGUUUCUGAAGGAUUAGCUAUUGCUUUUUAUAAUGUGCAAAGACUUGUAGGAGUAAAAAUGUGAAGGUACAACAUCAACGCUUCAACAUGCUAAUUCAUGUAGAGGGGAAUUUAAAAAGUAGUUUCACCUAUUAUAGGUAUUUGCAUCUUCAUGCAACUCUUACAGAACGUGUUCAGCAAGUCAUGCCCCUGGCACAGUUAACAGCCUAGAGGGAGCACCAAUCUUAUGUAUCGCGUUAUAUCCCAUCAUGAGCAACACAGGAGUAGCAUAGAGCAAAAGUGGGAUGACAGGCACUGCUGUUCUUAUUCUGCUCGUAAAUGCAGUAUUUCAGAACUGAUCAUACAUUAUCUGGGAAGAUUUAAACAUUAAACGGAAGCUGGCGGGAGGUGUGGGAGUGCUGUGGUUCACGUGUGCACUCCGUGGGAGUUUGUGUUGCAUGGGUGGCUUGGAAGCACUUUGAAGCUAUGGAGCUGCUCGGCUUUGUGGCUAAAAGCAGUCAUUCUGGUUUGGUGAAGCAACUUAAGAGCUGGAGCAUGUGCCCUGGGUUAAGCUGCAUUGCUGUAUGUAGCUUGUGUUCCCUUCCCAUGGGUUGGUUAGUGUACCUACCUAUAUGGCCUGUAACUGUGCUCUGUGUUUAUGGUAAUACAAGGAAUGACACAGUUCCUGCUUUGCUAUACUUUAACAAAAAAAGAUAAGUGAGGAUUGUAUACUCUCAGUUCUCUUCAGUUCUGCACAGAAACUCAAAAUUAGUAGCUUUCGUUAUUUGCGAAAACAUGUUCUGAUUAGAAAGCUGAGGAAAACUUGAUGUUUUAUGAAGAAAAUUUUAAUAAAUUGUCACAAAGAACAAUACAUGUGUAACUGCUUAGACUUUAGUUAUUCUGUGACUUCAAGUAAUUUUGUUGUGUUUUCAGUGUGUGCUAAUAUGCUCUUUCAUCAUCAUUGCUCAUGUUCCAGAGAACUGAGUCCAAAAUAUUUUGAGAGAAAUGAUAUAAAAUAAGAAGAAACAGAAAAAAGACACAGGUACCUUUCCAAUAAACGAAGGAUAAAACGUAAGGUAAAAAAGGAGCUUCUAUGCUUCCCUAUCACAGGUCACUAGAGAAAUGGACUCAGCAGAAAAAUGUCAUGUUUCAGGAGAGUGUCCAAUGUGUCUCAGAAGCUAAAGGAACAUAGAAGAGUCUGUAAGAAUAUCCCUGGUUUUUGGUAAAGAGCUAACUUUAGAACUCCUUGCAUGGUAAUUUGGAUUCUAAUCUUAGUAUCAAAAAAAGUUUCCAAAAAUACUAGAAAAUACAUUGAUAGAUAAAUUGCACUUUCUAACUUUUGAAGAGACACAGGAGGAAGGAAAAGGUUGAAUGAGACAGAAACUGAUACUGUGUUGCAAAUUUCUGGAUAAUAUGUAUUGCUUCUUCAUGAAGAUCUGGCAAAUUUAUUGCCCUUACUACCUGGAUACAGAAAGGAGCAGCAUUAACAGCCAACACAAAAGAAACUAGGCUACUUCCAGAUAAUUUUAAAGAGCUACUCCCACUCUUCAAAGGCUUUCUGAUAUAAAAGCUUCCAGCAGAAGAGCAUAUGUGGAAUAACAAAGCUCAGUAAAAAUCAACUAGCUAAAAAAAGGUGACAGCCAUGAAUCCUAAAUCUAAGAGAAAUACUGUGACCAGGAUUCAGCUUUCUGAGGUGCUCAGAAAAGGAGAAAUGUUCUUGGAAGUAUGCUGGACUGAAGAUGACCUAGGCUGAGAUUUCCCAAAUUCUCGUACACAUGUGCCAUAGCAAAGCACUGCCUAAAUAACUUCUGAGUGGUCAAGCACUGGCCACUAUUGAAAGCUGUUGCUAUUGCAACUUCUGCUACAUCUAUCAACGGUGUCUGCAUUACAUUGAGCAAAUGCAUGUAAGAACCACUGAUCUGGAUGAUUUUAUUGAACUAAAGACUGAGGUAAUGUGUUCUUACUUGUCUUUAAGAAAAUAGGAGGGCACUAAGGAGCAUGAAGAAUCUACACAGGUUAAUGGGAGCAAUAUACAGUAAAUAGUGGAAAGAGAAGAUAAGCAUUGCUGGUUGGGUAAAAAUAGAACAGGAGACUACAACAUAAACAUAAAAACGUAUUUAUUUUGUUGCAUUUGGUACUUUAUUUACCCAUUCUAAUACAUACAACAAGAAUAAAAUGCUAGCAGUAACAACACUAUUAAAACAUGUAAUGGAGGACAGCUGUCUGAUACCUUGGACAGAAACAUUCAAGAUCCACAAAUACCAAUGUGUUAAAGGAUCUAAAGGGUAUCAGAAUAUUUUUAAUGUGCCUUUGAUCUUAUUUGCUUAAUAUCUAAUGAAAAUAGAAAAGUGCAUGAAGUAGCUAGCAGUGACCAUUCUUAAACACUGCAUGUCUAAUCAUCCAAGCUGUUGAAUUACACAAGUCCUAUUGAAAUAAAUAGAAACUGCUGCUGCUGAGCUCUGUUACAAAUCAGACCGCUUGAAAAAUUGUUGAAUAGAUCUGAAACAAGAAAUUGUUAGGGAGUUGUAAGUUCAAAUAAUGCUUAUGUUUAAAAUUAAGCAGAUGGCUGAGUGUUGUGUACAUUUUAGCUGUUCAGCUGUACAACUCUUUUUCCUUUUUUUGUAAAAAGAAAAAAUUAGUUUAAGUAUAUAUCUGAUUCUUGUAAUUACUUUCUCAAAGACUUCUAAAAAAUUUAUUCUCAGAAGCCUGGCACAGGUAAUCUGAAACAAUGCAUUUCAGCAAAUGGAAUUUUUAGUAAACAGGUUAGUGGGAAGAUAAUUGAAGUCAGAUAGAAUAUUUGCAAAUACAAUAUCAUUCUAUAAACUUCCUCUUCUAACCGGCUUUGUAAUUGUCAGAAGCACACAGUAAAGGCACAUUUCCUGUGCUGUGGGCCAUACAACAGUAAUUCAAAUUUUACAGCAUCUAGCACCAAAUCAAAACCGGAAUGGUUUAGUGAUUCAAAGCACUGAGCCAGAAUAAACUCAAGCUACCAGUACAAA